GGGAAGGGCGCCCCGCGGAGGAACAAGCUCGACCACUAUGCCAUCAUCAAGUUCCCCCUGACCACGGAGUCGGCCAUGAAGAAGAUCGAGGACAACAACACGCUGGUCUUCAUCGUGGAUGUCAAAGCCAACAAGCACCAGAUCAAGCAGGCCGUCAAGAAGCUGUACGACAUCGACGUGGCCAAAGUCAACACGUUGAUCCGGCCCGACGGCGAGAAGAAGGCUUACGUUCGUCUCGCUCCAGACUACGACGCGCUGGAUGUAGCCAACAAGAUUGGAAUCAUCUAAGCGGCGCCCACCAAGAGCUGUACAGAGGACCUAAUAAACUCUGCAAAACCACA